UUCGCGCCUCUUCCGCUUCCGGUGUCGGUCUAGGCUGCGGGAAGAUGGCGGCGGCUGUGGCGGCCGCGGCUGUGGCGGCCUCGGCCCUGCCGGUCACUUUCAGACGGCUGGUGUCUGCAUGCAGCCGCAGUGUCCUGAGAGCGUCGGGGCCCGGAGAGGCUUCCCUGUGGUCUGCUUCUCGAAGGUUCAGUUCGCAGAGCGCUUCAUUUCCACAAGGAUACGUUCCUAAAACGUCACUGAGUUCACCACCUUGGCCAGAAGUUGUUGUGCCAGACCCCGUCGAGGAGGCCAGACACCACGCAGAGGUCGUGGAGAAGGUGAACGAGCUGAUCGCCCGGGGCCGCUACGGCAGGCUCUUCGCAGUGGUGCACUUCGCCAGCCACCAGUGGAAGGUGACCUCUGAAGACCUGAUCUUAAUUGAAAACAAGUUAGACGUUGCGUGUGGAGAGAGGAUCCGACUGGAGAAGGUCCUGCUGGUUGGGGCCGACGACUUCACGCUGCUCGGCAGACCCCUCCUCGGAAAGGAUCUUGUUCAAGUAGAAGCCACAGUCAUUGAAAAGACAGAAUCAUGGCCAAAAAUCAAUAUGAGAUUCAAGAAAAGGAAAAACUACAAAAGGAAAAGAAGUAAGUUGGAGAAAUUAUCGUGAGCCCUCAGACCGUCCUCCGGAUAAACACCAUCAGGAUUGCUCCACGUCUGUGCUGAUCAUCCAGCUAAUGUUUCUAGAAAUAUAAAAAUAAACCCACUUUCCGAGGA